AUGGAGUACAUUUCUCAGCCCGAUGCGUGUGGUCAUUCCUGCCUAGCGGCACCUUCAAAAUCGUCCUUUUGGUCUACAGGAGUGGGCGGCGAAUCUUCUCGAGAGAUUGCCGGCGACCAAUUAUCAGACCACAAGGAGUCCACCAGAGUCACUGUCACAGAACGUACCGCGGACAAUCCCAUACGAUCAAUGAUGGAGAUGCAACCUUCGACCUCUUUAAUCUGGAAAGCCAAGCACCGUGCAUCCAUUCCGGCCUUCUUCUCAACGACCAAACCUCAGCUCGAACGAACGGCGGGAAAGUCACAAACGAGUGCCUUCCUCUCCAUCUUACCUCGCGAUGUGCAUUUCCUCCUUGGUACUACCUACCUCGAUUUCGACACUUUACUCGCUCUUCGACAAACAUGCCGCUCAGUGUACGAUAUCUUUCCAGCGGACGUCGUCCGCCGCGUCCGGUCCAAGAUCGUUAAGGCAAGCCUCGAGGACGAGGUGCGGCAGUACCGGGAGUACAGAUCCAUGUAUCCUCGACAACGACUUGGUCAUCUGUGGGACUUGCUUUACGCUGCCUUUGACUUCCGGCUGAUUGAACGACCCGCCAGAGAACUUCGAUGCUACGGUUGCCUCGAGGAGAAGCCUGUGUGGUGCUUUGUCGAGAGAAUGAGCAACCGUGGCACCGGUCUUGGAGCCAAAUUUGCCCAAAAUAGGCUGUGUAAGGACUGCAUGCGCAGAUAUCGCGAUAUCGAGGGGGAAUGGUGGAAGGAAAACUGGGUCAAGAAGAGCGACAUGGUCCGCAAAUCCAGCAGAGGCCGCAGACUUGGUCGCUGGAUGCUUGAAGGCCAAAGCCUGGUCAAUCCAGACGAGCAAAUUGGAGUCUGCUCCUCAUGUGGCAGCUCGACGUUUGAGCUGUGGUGGGGUUGUGUUCCUUGCUUUGAACUGGAGGAGCAAAGACGGCGGGAGGAAGAGCUGAUGGAAACCGACGGCUGGCAGCGGAGAAUCGCCGAAGUCAUGGGGACUUGGCGAGGACGGAAGAGACUGACCCGCAGACGACGCCACGCGAGUCGGAGUCGGAGUCGCGAUCGCGAUCGCGGGAGGAAGAGAUGGUGGGCUCCUAGCUUCACAUUUGCAGGCGGGCUUGCAGACCGAAAGGCUGCUUUGAUUGAAUGGAAAGAGCACAAGGACAGCAAAAAAGCCGGAACCAGUACAAUCAAAGCCAACCAUCAAGACUCGCGGUGGCAUGCUCUGGACCAGAUCCCCUUACCCGAGAGCCGCAGAGAAGCAAGGUGUUCGUCUUGUUGGGUCCCCAACUGUCACAGCCGAACAUACAUUCUCGGGUUGGCGUAUGAAAGACCGCUGCCGAGAGAGCGUUGGUGUACCGGGUGCAAACAGGAGUUCGAUCAGCGACUUGCAAGGAAAGGCUACCGGAGAUGGAGAAUGAAAAUGUGCAAGAAUGAAAAGUCAGAUAACGACUGGCCUGAAUCGUUGGCCUGGCUGUUUGAAGAGAGUUAA